UUUAGUUUACCGAAAGGCAAACAAAUCAAAACACACUCGCGAGAAAGAAAGAGUGUAUGCUGCCGGUUUUGUUUAACACACUUAUUUUCUCCUCUCCUCCAACGGUCCAACUUUGACUAUCCUUGUUUUGUUCCUUCAUAACUCCCUUACGUCGUCGUCGCUUCUUUUGAAUUCUUCUUCUCUCUUCCCCCAAUGGACAAAAACGACGACAAUGUCUUCGUCAAAUUCUCUAAACCCUAAAUUAACCGCUUCAACGCUCAAUUUCUCUCUCUGAUCGGUUAUCAUGUCCGUUUUCGUUCUAACCGCCAUGGAUUUUGCCGUCCUCGGUUUUCUCGUUCCUUCUUUAUGGGAGAUCGAAGUCGCUUUCGCUGCUUCCGUAUUUGUUAUUCUCGCUUAUUGGUUUUUCACUUUCAGAAGCGGUGAUCACUGCUCCGAUCGAUCGCUUGAUAAUUCUUCCGCCGUUCAUGCCUCCGACGAUAAGUUCUGCACUUAUUUUUGUAGAUUGGCCAGUCUAGAGGAGAUUCUCAAAGUUCAGCCUACCUGAUUAAGUUAGAACUGUUGGCUGCUAAAAAUCUGAUUGCUGCAAACUUAAAUGGCACAUCGGAUCCUUAUGUCAUCAUCACAUGUGGCAAUGAAAAGCGAUUCAGUUCCAUGGUCCCUGGUUCAAGAAAUCCAAUGUGGGGCGAAGAGUUCAAUUUUUCUGUCGAUGAACUUCCUGUCCAGCAGAUCAAUGUCACAAUUUAUGAUUGGGAUAUAAUUUGGAAAAGUGCUGUUCUUGGUUCAGUGACUGUUCCAGUUGAAAGUGAAGGUCAAACUGGUGCAGUGUGGCAUACUUUGGAUAGCCCAUCAGGGCAGGUUUGUCUUCAUAUAAAAACACAAAAGCUAUCUGCAAAUUCUGCCAGGGUAAAUGGUUAUGGCGGAGCCAACACUCGAAGAAGGAUACCCUCUGAAAAAGAGGGACCCACAGUUGUCCAUCAAAAGCCAGGACCUCUUCAAACGAUAUUUGAUCUUCAUCCAGAUGAGGUUGUUGAUCAUAGUUACUCUUGUGCACUUGAGAGGUCAUUCUUGUAUCAUGGUCGUAUGUAUGUCUCAACAUGGCACAUUUGUUUCCAUUCCAAUGUGUUCUCAAAACAAAUGAAGGUGGUUAUUCCAUUUGAAGAUAUAGAUGAGAUUCGAAGGAGUCAACAUGCAUUUAUUAAUCCUGCUAUAACAAUUAUUCUUCGUAUGGGUGCUGGUGGACAUGGUGUCCCUCCUUUGGGAAGUCCUGAUGGUAGAGUCAGAUAUAAGUUUGCAUCAUUUUGGAAUAGGAAUCAUGCAUUUAGAAAUCUACAACGUGCAGCAAAGAACUUCCGUGAUAUGUUGGAAACUGAGAAGAAGGAAAAUGCAGAAUCAGAAUUGCGUGCACAUAGCAGUUCUGUCAGACGAAGUAACAUAAUAGAUAAGGUUCCCGAAACCAGCAUGCCGAAAGCUGGAAAACUUCAAACUUUUACCAAAGAAGAGGCUUUAGUUGGUAUAUACAAUGAUGAUUUCCCCUGCACAGCUGAGCAAUUUUUUAACUUAUUGUUAAAGGAUGAUUCAAAAUUUACUAGCAUGUAUCGCUCAGUACGAAAGGAUACUAAUCUUGUGAUGGGACAGUGGCACACAGCAGAAGAAUAUGACGGUCAAGUCCGAGAGAUAACCUUCAGAUCCCUUUGUAACAGCCCUAUGUGCCCGCCAGACACAGCCAUGACUGAGUGGCAACAUGUUGUUCUAUCAUCAGACAAGAAAAACCUGGUGUUUGAGACUGUGCAGCAGGCGCACGAUGUUCCAUUUGGAUCCUAUUUUGAGGUGCACUGUAAAUGGAGUUUGGAGACAACCAGUGAAAGUUCAUGUACUCUGGACAUUAGAGUGGGUGCACAUUUCAAGAAAUGGUGUGUGAUGCAAUCCAAAAUAAAGUCAGGGGCAGUCAAUGAGUACAAGAAAGAAGUUGAUGUGAUGUUAGAUGUUGCUCGUUCAUAUAUAAAGUCGCAUACUUCUGAUGACGAGAAUGAUAAGGCCUCUUCGUCCCCUGCAGCAACUUCAGAAGUUAAUAUUUAUGGGCAACCUUAGAUUAGGAUUUUAUUGGUCUGUGCAAUAUUGUAACCUCCCUGUUCUUUUGUUAUUUAUUCUUGUAACACAGUGCCGGAAUGCGUAUAUUUUGAUGCACAGUUGGUUUUUGUCUAGUGUAUCUCUGUCGGUAACUUGGUUGCUCGUCAUAGUGUUUACACUUUACAUCAUUGUUCUUGAAAGGUUUGUGUGGAAAUGAAAAUGUCUUUAUUUGUCAUGUUUUAUUCUUUCUAUACGAUUUGCAGUUCAAAAUAAACCAUCAUAUUGGCUACCUGGCAUUGCUAUUGUAUAAGAACUGGGUUGUCUUGUUGAGCGUUGUGGGGGGUUGUAUCUUGAAUAUUGUUUUCUGCCACUUUAUUAGUAAAAUAAUAGUGAGAAAAUUUCAUAAA